GCCAGGUGCGGGGCGGGCCGGGUGGGCCUGCGCGCGGCGCCGGGAGCCGGAUUUGCAGGCGCGGCGCCGGCGGGGCCGGAGGGGGCGGUGCGGCGGAGCUCCGGUGGCCUGUCUCGCUCGCUGCUCCUCGCCCGCCCGGCCCGGCCCGGCCCGGCUCGGCCCUGCCGCCACUUCCGGCCGCUCACCUGGGCCGCGCUCACCUGCGCCGCGCUCGCCUGCCUCCGGGCGCCGGGCUCCAGGAUGAAGGACCGGCUGGAGCAGCUCAAGGCCAAGCAGCUGACACAAGAUGAUGACACUGAUGAGGUCGAGAUUGCCAUUGACAAUACAGCUUUCAUGGAUGAGUUCUUUGCUGAGAUCGAGGAAACGCGUCUCAACAUUGAUAAGAUCUCAGAGCACGUGGAGGAGGCUAAGAAACUCUACAGUAUCAUCCUGUCGGCACCGAUUCCAGAGCCAAAAACCAAGGAUGACCUGGAGCUGCUCACGGUGGAGAUCAAGAAAAGGGCCAACAAUGUCCGGAACAAACUGAAGAGCAUGGAGAGGCACAUUGAAGAGGACGAGGUCCGGUCAUCAGCAGACCUUCGGAUUCGAAAAUCCCAGCACUCCGUCCUCUCCCGGAAGUUUGUGGAGGUGAUGACCAAGUAUAACGAGGCCCAGGUGGAUUUCCGUGAACGCAGCAAAGGGCGGAUCCAGCGGCAGCUCGAGAUCACCGGCAAGAAAACAACCGAUGAGGAACUGGAGGAGAUGCUGGAGAGUGGGAACCCCGCCAUCUUCACCUCUGGGAUCAUCGACUCCCAGAUUUCCAAGCAAGCCCUCAGUGAGAUCGAGGGGCGGCACAAAGACAUCGUGAGGUUGGAGAGCAGCAUCAAGGAGCUUCACGACAUGUUCAUGGACAUCGCCAUGCUGGUGGAGAAUCAGGGGGAGAUGUUAGAUAACAUAGAGUUGAAUGUGAUGCACACUGUGGACCACGUGGAGAAGGCCCGGGAUGAGACGAAAAGAGCCGUCAAGUACCAGGGGCAGGCCCGGAAGAAAUUGAUCAUUAUCAUUGUGGUAGUGCUUGUGUUGGUGCUCGUUAUAGCGUUGGCUAUCGGACUGUCUGUUGGCCGGUAAUUACUGAAAUGUUUGUGGCUGACUCCUAAUGUCCUUCAUCAUCAUCAUCAUCAUCCUGCGUUCUGACCUGCUCUUCCUCCCCUGCCUCUCUUAGAACCAGAUCCUACUCCAGCCUGGUGUCACCGCCCUUUUCUCCAGAUGGAAGCAGACUUUGAAUGACCUUCCUGAGAGAGAGAGAGAGAGACCCAUCCCUUUGCUUCCUUGUAAUCAUCCUUGGACCUGACCCAGCAGUAGUCCAGCCCCGGAGGAAGCAGAUCCACCUAAUGAGACCUCAGAUUCUCCUCCCUCCAAACCUUCCCAUCCCACCAACUUGGAAGUGCCUUCUCUCCUGGACUGAACGAAGCAGCUGUUUCCCGUCCAUCCCUCCUUCCUUCCUUCCUUCCUUCCUUCCUUCCUAAGUGUCAAAUCACGUCCUGCACCGUGGAGAGUCUACUGGACACCUUCCCAAGGUGCUGUGUUUUCUACCUCAUGGAGAGUUUUUCUCUAGGAAAUGGCAAUGUAGGUGUAUUUUUUUUUUUUUUUAAAUCAUAUCUAACAAAGCUGAAGGAUUUUUCCAAGUUUGUUGACAAUCAGGCUUGGACCUGCCCCUUCUACCUGGCGGGAUCCCAACCUUCACUUUGGGACCCGUGUCUUGAAAAUUCGAGGCACCUUUAAGAGGCCAACCUGUUGGAAAUUUAGCCUGAAAUUCUGUCCAUGUUGGUGAGCAACUUGGAUGCGUGGUCUGUGUUCUAUUUGGUCCUGUUUACUCAAGGAAGAGGCACAGCCAGCCGAGGUUACCACAUGUAAAGAUGGAGGAUAUGAUAACUUGCCUCCAUGCUUGAGUCUUGGAAAACUGGUUGUUCAGCUCCUAGAAUGAUGCUCUGGGGGAACCGUUGCCUUGAGGCCAGAAAUAACCAGGCACUUCAGUUGGGCCAGGGACAAGGUGCUCUUGAGUCCCAGGCUCUGGAACUGGUUCAGACUAGUGUGAGUGUGCAUUCAUUCCCAGAUAAUAUAUGUGUGUGUGUGUGUGUAUAUAUAUGUGUGUGUUUUUUGUAAUUGUGUGUUUGAGAUGUAUGUGUACUUACGCAUGUGCCUUUCAGGAACCAGGAACCCAGAAGUGGAGGGAUAGUAUGACCUCAAAACUUCCAUAAAUGAAAACCAAACAAACCGCAAACCUUCAGCUAGGCUGCAAAUACAGUCGGAGGCAAUUUGCUUGCCUGCAGAUGAAUCCUUGUAGAAACACGGCCUUCCCAAUGUCAUCGAGAAACUCUUGUUCUCUGGAUGAGGGCUGGAGAAGAGUCAUCAGUGUCUGGGGAGCGGGGACCGAAUUGAUUUCCAUUCCGUUUCUUGUGCUUAUCAGACUAGAAAGUGUGACAGACACCUAUCCCUGCGUGUUGUCUGGCCCAGGCUUGUCCCAAGUAUGCCCCCCCAAAGCCAUUCCAAGGGCUUUUGGAGGGGAUUCUGUCUCUAGGGCUGAGUUAGCUGGGGAAGGAAGACAGGGAGCUACUGAGUACUUCCUUCUACGAGGUUAAUGAGUUUGCCAGGCUCCUCUGCUCUUCCCCAGUUCUGGCUAUGAAGGAAACACUAGCUGGGAAAUCCCCAAAUGUGACUGCUGACCCAGUCAGUGAUGAGCCUCUCAGAUUUCCCAGCAAGUCUCUGCCACCUGUCAGCCUCCCUAGUUGAUACCUUAGCUUUUGACUUGGAUGCUUUCUAGGACAGAAUGGGUGGAACCCUAACCCAGGCACUGCCCAGUGGCUUCUUCACAAAGGCUACUUACUCCCAGUCAGGCCUGGUAUCAGACUGAGCCAAGGGGGAUACCCUCUUGCCCAUUGGCUGUGAGGUCAGACAGUGGUUUGGCUGUAGCACCCGGGGUAAUAACCAGGCCUUUGCUCUUCUGGGAUUGAGGCCCAGGGCUUAUCGUCUGGAAUACGAGCAAAGGGUUACUAUUGUUGUGUGUGUGUGUGUGUUUAAAUGUAAACAUGAUUAUUUUAUUGCUAAUUUAAAAAUAAAAUGACUUUAUAUUGAUUGUGGAAA